UGCUACCAGAAGUUCGGACACCAAUUUCAAAGGUCAAACAUUGCAAAGACCGAAAUCCUUACUGAAUACUGACAAUCAUGAGAGCAACAGAUUUAAACCAUGUCCUUAUAAAAUCACCAGACUAUGUAAGCUUUGUUUGAAAUCGGGCAAGGAGCAGCAGAAGUGUGGUCUACACAAUAUUAAAAAAGAUUGGGUAUACCGGUUAGAUCCUGAUAGAUGCAUCAUCAGUCCAUUACCUCCUCACAUUCCAAAGAACUUAAAGUUUACAAUUUGUGAAGAUUUGAAACCCAAUCGGAGUCGUUGCUAUAAAGACAAGUGCAAUUUUGCACAUAGUCCUAUUGAGAUUGAGAUAUGGAAGUGGAUGGUAAAAAAUGGCAAAACACUAGAUGAUAUGGUUAAUCCCGAUGUACAUGAGACGUAUAAGGAGCCAACCCUACAGUCAUCUGGACCAGUAUUGUUACCAGCCGAUGUUAAAUUAAGAAAUUAUUAUUGUGAAGAUUGUUCUAUCCAAUUUGAUAACUUAAAGGAUAUAAAUAAACACACAGAAACUAGUGACCAUAAAUUCAAUGUAGAAGCUGAUAUAGUUCAGCAAUGGAACUUCCGACAACCACCCUGGAAUAAAGAUAUUAAAGUUUAUCAGCUGUGUUCCAAAACUGAUUGUCCAUACUCUCAUGUCUCCGAUCAGUUUAAUUAUUGUCAAGAUGCACAUGGACAACCAGAAUUAAAUGAAUGGAAUGAAAGAUAUACCCAUAGACAGAUGAAAAGAAACAUGUUGAAAGAUAUUCAGUUUAUGUCGUAUGCUGAUCGUGUGUUAUAUAAGGAGACAAACGGCAUUUCCAUUUCUUGUGACAAAGAUUUAAAUGUAAGGUUGACCAAAAAGAAGCACAUAUGGAAGUUUACUGUCAAAAUUAACCCGGAGCUGCCAGUGAAGAGAAUAUGUUUGUUACUUAAUAGAGAUCGACAUAAUUUUAAUAUCAGUACAUCCACAGAACAUCUACAGUUCAUUGAUGGGACCAAGUUAGACCAAUCCAAUUCAAACCCAUUUACCAUCAAUGUUCAUUUUCGAAGUUUUAGAGAUGGCUAUUUUGUACAAUGGGUUGUUUUUGAGUUUGGUUCGGGGCCAGCUAUUGUGCGAAAGUUAACCGUUGAAACCUGUGAAGAAGAGCAUAAUAUUGCAAAUGAACCUAAGUGCGAAGCUGAGGUAUGGACCAAAUAUACCCGAGAAAUAAUAACUGACCCAAGUUUAGUUGAAGACAAGUUUACUGGGAAAUUACUAACUGAAUAUAAACAAGCUGACGAAGAAGAUAGACUGCAUGCUUUUUACAACAGAGAUUUUCCUUUAAAUCGUUAUAACUAUCAACAUAAGAUGCACAAACUACUCUAUAGUGAGGAACUGACCAGACGUAAUAUCAUAGCAAGAUACAAUCUUGUUACCAAGGUAACAGUUAAAGGCGUAAUUGAAGACGAAACAUUUAUAUUUGCUCAAUCUGGUGAACUUUUUGCUAGAAUAAGUUUAACAGAAGACCUAUCCGAAGACACUGAUGAGGGUCGGUUGUUUCUAGAGUCUGUCCAGGGGGCUUUAAUAAAGCCGAAAGACGCACCUGAUAACCGCGUUUACGAAGUCGGUAUUGCUAAAAGAGAUAAGUUUAAAGGGAUUGGAAAAAAUUAUAUAUAUUUAGAGCUACACCCAACCACGGUUAAACAACUGGAAUUAAAGCCAGAUACAGAUGUUGAAAUGGAGAUCCAAUUUCAGAUGAAUCGGGGUACAUUCUGUAGAAUGCACUAUUCUGUCGAUAGAUUAAGUGAUGUUGAUAUUGUAUUUCCAAAUCUCUCUAAGUUAAAUGUUUUGAAUUGGAAUGAACAUGAACGAGAUAUUAAGAGAUCUCAGAAUGCCGUGGAAACAUUAAUGGAAGGUGCAGUGACACCGUUAAUAAAAGAAAUAGCUUUGGGAACAAAACAGCAAAAGAAAGAAAACUAUAGAGACGUCGAUGAGAUUUUGUCGAUGAAGAUAUGCGGUAAUGCAUUACAGCCACAAAAUUAUGUACAGAUGCAAGUUACAAAAUAUGCUUUAAGUAAUCCCUUUACGUUGAUUCAAGGCCCACCUGGAACCGGCAAAACAGUCACAGGGGCUUAUUUGGCCUUCUAUUUCGUUACGCGAAAUAAAUCAAGAUCUGUUCAUGGCAGAGAACAGGUUGUAUAUUGUGGUCCAUCAAAUAAAUCAGUGGACGUGGUGGUGGAUAAACUGCUACAUCUGGGAGAAAGUUGUCCAAAUAUUAUAAGAGUAUAUAGUAACAGGAUAGAAAAUAUGGAAUAUCCCCUUCCUCGAGAUUCGGUUCCAACCAAAAAACGAUACUCGGCAGAGGUUUCCAAAGUUCAAGCAAUAAGAGACAGGGCUCUACAUCAUCUGAUCAGAGCUCCUGGUAAUUCAUACAGUGAAAAAAUCAGAGAUUUUGAUCGUAUGUUCCAACCAUCCAGUCCAGAUGACGUAGAUGAAUUAGUGGAUGAGUAUAUUAAAAUUAAAGGCUUGAAUAAGAUAUUUAGAGAAACCUUAAUAAGAAGUAUGACCGAUGAAUUAAAAGAAAAAUACAAACGUGACGUGAUAAACUUCAAGAAAGAAGAAUUAAAGAAAAAAGUAAACGAUAAAUUGAUAAUUGAAUAUAAGAGGAAAAUAUAUAUGGCUAAAACAGAAGAACUGAAUAAAGCUGAUAUCAUUCUUAGCACAUGUUUUGCAAUCGGUGGUAUUAAAACAGAAAUACCUCUAAAUAUAAAACAGAUUAUUAUAGAUGAAUCAGGUAUGUGUACAGAACCAGAGACAAUGAUUCCACUUACCUCAUUUGAUGCUAGUAAUAUAGUAUUAAUAGGUGACCAUAAACAACUACAACCAAUUUUAUCUGAACAGAAAGCUAAACAGUUGGGUCUACAGACCUCAUUAUUUGAGAGAUAUGCCGGACAAGCACAGAUGCUGGAAAUACAGUAUCGUAUGCAUGAAGGUAUAAUGGAGUUCCCUUCAAACAUGUUUUAUGAUGGUAAAUUAAGAACUGGAACAAAGCGACAGAGUAAAAAAGCUGAGUUAGAUAUUUGGCCGAAUGGAAGACGCCAUCCAACAGUUUUAUGUCAUACAGAGGGAGAGGAAGACACAUUAACUGUCUCUACAGAAGAUGGAUCGGAACAGUCCAAAAGAAAUCAGAAUGAAGUUGAUUAUGUAGUUAGUGUGGCUGUGAAUUUAGUAGUAAAGUGGAAACUUAAGAGUCAAAAUAUUGCAAUACUUUCUCAGUACAGAGCGCAAUGCUCUGCUAUAAAAGCUGCUAUGAAGGACUGUGGAUUACCAGAAAUACACGUGUCAACCGUAGUAGCCAGUCAAGGUAGUGAAUGGGAAUAUGUUAUCUUCUCUACCGUAAGAUCUUUACCAAUAGAUAUGUUAGAAAAUUAUCCAUCCCGGUCGUGGAUCAGACACAAUCUGGGUUUUAUAACUGAUGAUCACCAACUAAAUGUAGCCAUUACACGAGCUAAACAGGGUCUUAUUAUUAUUGGUAAUAAACAUUUAUUGAAUUGUGACUCAACAUGGCAGAAAUUAACAGAACAUUAUGAAGAGAGAGGACUUGUAGUUGAUGCUGAAGAUUAUCCUCUGUGUAGAAGAUGAUAGUAAAAUAUAUUUCAUCCGUUCCAAAUUAUAAUAUUAAGCAUGAUUUAUGUGACGUGAAGAAUUUAAUAUAUUUUUAUUAUGAAUCUAGAUUGUUAUAUUUACCAGAAUGUAUUAUAUUAUAUGUAUUACAGUUUGUUUCACUUUAACCAUUUUCCUGUUUGCCUUUAAGGAGCUAAACCUGUAACUCAAUAUUUUCCAUAAUACUCGAAAUUAAACACACGUAUUAGAAUUCAAUAUGGGCCCAUUUCAAUCAAUAUUGAUGGUGCUAUCUUACCGUGAAAAUAUGGAAAUAUAAUAUCUAAUAUUCAAUACAUAAUGAACAUUUUAAAAUCUGUACACGAGUCGUGCACACUAUGGUUUCGGGUGUAAUUUGCAAUGAACAAAGAAACAAAUAUCCUACAACACAAUGUUUAAGGUUCCAAAGAAUAGAGCCAUACGCCUUAUAAUAUUAUGAAUUGUUAUUGACGUUGCAUAGUAUGGGAUUAGAAUUAUUCCUUCCCUUAGUGUAUACAUAAACACAUUGUGAUCGAUAUAUUCACCUCAUUAAAAUGUUUAGUCGUUUGAAAUAAUUUUUGUAAAUAGCAAUUGCAAUGUUUUUCGCCAUACCUAUACAGAUUUUGAUGUCUUCAUAUAAAGCAAUUAAAGAUGCAUUAUGUAAGGAUGAGAUAAAGAGUCAUAAUACUUUUAAAAUAUAUAAUGAAAAAGGAAUAUUUUGAAAAUUUUAGUCAAAUUACUUUAUUCUGAGCGAAGUUAUGACUGUGAUCACAAUAGCGUAGUCUCGUAUUAAUAAUAAACACAGUCUCUAUCAUCUAUUUUUAUACGCUAAACAUUGAAAUUGGGUCGUAUAUUGUCGUCGCCACCAUCGGCCAGGCGUCAACAAUUUCUUGUAGGCGUUCUGGAGGCUAAAAUUAAUAUCCAAUUGACUUUAAAUCUAUACACGAUGUUCAAAGUCAUGAGACGAAGAAUCAUAAUGAUUGUCAACGAUUUUAAAUAAUUACUGUCACAGUUAAGACUCUUGAUCACUUUGAAAACUGGACGCUCCAGAAACUAAAAUUAUUAUCCGAUUGUCUUUAAAUUUUACAUAGUUUUCAAGGUCACGAAACAAAGAAGCAUAUUGAUUCUCAACGAUUUCCGAUAUUUACUGCCAGAGUUAUGACCCUUGAUCACUUUAAAACUGGGCGCUCCAGAAACUAAAAUUAUUAUCCGAUUGUCUUUAAAUUUUACACAGUUUUCAAUGUCACGAAACAAAGAAGCAUAUUGAUUCUCAACGAUUUCCGAUAUUUACUGCCAGAGUUAUGGCCCUUGAUCACUUUGAAAAAUCUUGUGGACUCUGAAUUCCAUGUACACUAUGUUCAAUGUCUUGAGACGAAGAUCCUUAUUGAUUUUGCAUUAUUACUACUAGAGCUAUGGCCCUUGAAACCUUUUAGACGCUUUGGAGACCAAACAUGGGCAGAACUAGAAGCCAAAUAAAUCCUAUUGGGUUACCCAGUGGGUUGUUAUUCUUAAUCAGUUUUAGAGUCUUGUAAAUGCUUUCAUUACCGACAAAAGAAAUAAUAUGCAACAACCCCUGUAGACAUUCUUCGGGUGGCUUACCUGCCGGGGGUGUAUGUUCGUUGCCUAACAACCUAUCUUUAAAUUAUAUAAUUAAAUGGCAAUCGUGUUUCAAUCCAUAAAAAUUCAGAACCACCCAAUAGUCAUGUGAAUAAAUGUCUAAUUAAUAAUUUAUAUAACAUAGUUUGUCGCCAAAAGAAAGACCUGUAAUAGGCAGGUUUAGCUCUUACAUAAUGCAUCUUUAAGAUGCACAAAUGCAGGAUUAGAUAAAGACAACAAUCAAUAUACAAUAGAGGUCCAAGGCUGGGUCGGGAAUUUUCGCAGAUCACUCCUGUUCCAGUGUAUAUUUUAAAUUAUUGGGAAUUGUGUUUUCUGUUAUGUAGAUAACAAUAUUAAACAUAAAUUAUGCAAGGACUAAAUCUGCCUAUCGCAAGUCUUUCUUUAUUAUGUUAUUUGAAUUAUUAAUUAGACAUUAAUUAAUUUAUCUAGACCAUAAUCAACUCGCCAUGUCAUCGCUAGCCUGUGAUAUUUACUGGAUUAUGAUCCGAUUUGCUGCUCAACUUUCAUUCAUGAUUUAAUCAAUUAAUUGGAUAAUCGAGACUAUGUUUUUAACCGUACCGACUUUAGUAAUGAUAAUCGAGGCUAGGCCGAAAUUUCAAUCGCUUAAUUCUCGGUUCAUAGUGGAUCAAUUUGACUGAACAUUUCAGCAAAUUGCCAAGUUUUUAACUAUUAUAUUGAGCUCUUUAUCUAAUCUCCCAUAAUGUAUCUUUUAAUUGAAAACUUCAUUCAAAUUACUUCAUUCUCGGCCAAUUUAUCGUUGUUUGUAGUUUUGACAAGAUGCGUGCACAGUGGUAACCAGGGCACUGGUAUAAUCGGGACUUAGUCUCGCUUUCCCAUUUUUAAAUUCAUUUUCUAAAUUGCGAACGUUUUAAUCUAGUUAAAAUCUCCAGUGUCCGAUGCCAUCGAGAGUCGAUUAUGCUCUUGCAUAAUGUAUGUUUAAUUGUACCCCGCCUUUCGAAGGGAGCAGGGGACUAUUAAAAUGGGUUUGUUCGUCCGUCUGUCUGUCAGCCUGUCCGUCCGUCUGUGUGUCUGUCAGUCACACUUUUUGGACACAAUAACUCUCUAAUUGAGCUAGAAUGUUCAAACUUGGUGUAGGUAUUUAUUAGGUCAAUGCCUUGAUGGAGUUUGAAGAUGAGCAUUUUCUGCUUAGUUUAAGCAGAGAUAAGCAAUUUGAUUGUUUGAUGCUUUGGGACACGAUAACUUUAAUUCUAAUUAAGUGAGAGUGAGGACACUUGGUGUAUAGUUUUAUUACAUCAAGACCUUGACUAAGUUACAUAAUAAGCAUUUUCUGCUUAGGGUAAGCGAAGCGAUAAGCAAUUUGAUUGGUCAAGACUUUGGAACACGAUAACUCUCCUAAUUGAGGUAGAAUGUUCAAACUUAGUGUGGACUUUCAUUAGGUCAAUUGUCUGCUUACGGUAAGUAGAGAUAAGCAAUCUGAUUGGUUGAUGCUUUGGGGCACGAUAACUUUGGUUUUAAUUAAGUGAGAGUGAUGAAACUGAGUAUAGAUUCAUUAUAUCAUUACCUUGACUAAGUUUGAUGAUGAGAAUUUUCUGCUUAGGCUAAGGAUCGAUAAGCAAUUUGAUUGGUCAAGACUUUGGAACAUAACCAUUCUGCUUUUAAUUGAGGUAGAAUGUUUAAACUUGAUGUAGAAGUUCAUUAGGUGAAUGUCUUGACUGAGUUCAAUGAUUAACAUCUAAAGCUAAGCAGUGCUAAGCAAGUUCAUUGGUCGAUGCUUUGGGACAAGACAACUUUGAUUCUAUCUGAUAGAGAGUGAUGAAACUUAGUGUAUAGGUGAUAAUCUGUUUGAUUGCUUGAUACUUUUGAAAUAUGUGAUUAAUGAAUACGUGUCAUCUAUUUAUUUUGUGAUUUCGGCGGGGGACUGUUGGCUUGUUAUUCAUUAUUUUGGAAGGAUUCUGUUUGUAAACGUUUAUAUAAAUAAAAUUUCUUUAUUACUAAAACUACUAUAUUUGUAAUGAAACUUUUGUGAUAUGUCUGAUUUGGUUUUGUUUUGUUUUUAAACAAGCGGUAAAAAUUAUUUCCUAUUUUAGUGUAAAUGGGUAUUAAAAUGGGUAAAAUGCA